CUUCUACAACUGGACUUCAGUGGUUCUGGAUCAAACACAGAGUUCAGACGACAGUAAAUGUGUCAUCGUCUGGAGGGACUGACGCCUCGCCGCUCCCACAGAUGGCAUCUCAGCAGAGACCGACCGCCACCCUGCUGACCUCCAUCCUGGCUGUGGUUCUCAGCUCCCUGCAGAUUGGCUACCACACAGGAAAUGUCAACGCGCCAGCCAAGAUCAUUGAGGAGUUCUUCAACCACACGUGGAGAUCCAGACAUAACCAGACGAUGGCGGAUCACAGCCUGACGCUGCUGUGGUCGCUCUCCGUCAGCAUCAAGGACUUUGGCGCCUUGUUGGGCUCGCUGGGAGUCAAAUAUCUGGCCGAUUCUUACGGCAGGUGAGAGAGGAACCCCUCAGAUCUGGGACGUUGACUCUUUGUGUCUAAAUGUGAUUCUCCCUGCAGGCGCAACUCCAUCCUAAUAGUGAACUUCCUUUCUGUGGCAGCGGCUUGUUUUAUGUUUGUUUCUAAAGCCUGCCAGUCCUUUGAGGUGCUAAUUCUGGGACGGCUGGUCUUCGGACUGUUCUGUGGUCUGGUCAUGAGCCUGAACCCCCUCUACAUCCAAGAGGUGUCUCCCACCAAGCUGAGAGGAGCCUUCGCCACGCUCAACCAGGUCUCCCUGGCGGCUGGUACCCUGGUGGGAAUGGUGAGGACCGUUCAGUCUGAUUUGUUCCGGACUCACAUCAGCCGAACGUCGUCCCUCUGUGUUCGUCUUCAGGUGGUCGGCCUUGAGACAGUUCUGGGCACCGAGGACCAUUGGGCCAUGAUGCUGUCCCUGUCUCUGAUCCCGGCUCUGACCCAGUACCUGCUCCUUCCCUUCUGCCCCGAAAGCCCCCGGUACCUGCUGAUCAACCGGGGGGAGGAGCGAAGAGCCGAAACCGCCCUGCUGAGGUUGAGGGGCAGAGAAGACGAGAUGUUGGCCGAGCUGCAGGAGAUGAAGGAGGAAGCCGCUCACACAACCAGCAGCAUCACCAUCCAGGAGUUCAUCAGAAAGCGCAGCUACAAACAGCCCAUCCUGAUCGUUCUGACCGUCAACUUGGGAAGCCAGCUGUCUGGGUUCAAUGCGAUCAUCAACUAUUCCACCAGGAUGUUUCAGGCGUCGUUUGAUGAAGCCAAAUAUCUGACUCUGGGAGUGGGCGUGGUCAACCUGACCUUCACCUUGGUGGCAGUAAGUCCAGCUUUCAGAUGUUCUCCAGUCAUGAAGUCGGUAAACGUUCUGCUUUCUCUGCAGUUCUUCUUGAUGGAGAGAGCUGGACGGAGGAAGCUGCUGCUGACGGGCUUCAUCUUCAUCGCCGGCUGUAACCUGCUGAUGACCGUGGUGGACUCCGUCCUGCCCCUGCUCCCGCAGCUGCGCAGCCUGCAGGUGCUGCUGGUCUUCUGCGCGGUGUCUGCGUACGAGCUGGGCCCCGGCCCCAUCUCCUGGUUCAUCGCCGCCGAGCUCUUCGACCAGCCCGGCAGACCCGCCGCCAUGGCCUUCACCAGCCUGCUGAACUGGGGGGGGAAGUUCGUCCUGGCGCUCCUCUUCCCUCCACUGCUGAAGCUCUGCGGCGCUUACGUCUUCCUGCUCUUCAGCGUGGCGGCUCUGCUCGCCUUCACCUUCACCUGGAGUCGUCUCCCCGAAACCAAAGGUCGCACGUUUGACCAAAUCGCCGAGGAGUUCAGAGGAGCGGAGAGCAUCUCUCUGCUCAACAGCACAGGAUUCCACACCUUCACCUGAGCAGCCUUUGACCAAUCACAGAUCAGGACGCGAUGGCGCCGCUCUGACCAGCUCAUUUCAAAGCCUUCACUGUAGUCUUUUUACGAGGAUGAUGAAAAUAAAAAAAAGAAUGUUUGAGAGUUGUUGGCACCCCUCAUUUACACUCUCCCACUAGCUUACAGCCCCUCACACCUCCAAUCUAACAUGACCGCUGCAACAAAAACGGUUUCUGUCCAGCCGUCCAGUUUAGAUCCAGAUUCCAGCUCAGAGACGUUCAUGGAUCUAUUUGUGAAUGCAUCAGAAUGGGGAGGAGCUUGUGGCC